GGGGGAGAGGGGACCAAGCGGUAUUUCCCUGAAGAUGGGGUGCCGGGUUCCCUUGGCAAGGGAGCGAUCGAGCCUCCUGUGGGUCUGCUCCCCCUUGUAAGGGGACUGGUUACACGGGAGACGCUGUUCGCAGGGGGUCGUUGGGCAGGUCUAUCAGAAGGCCUUUCUGGCUCCUGCGCCUUCCAACAGCCGUGAGAGCGAAGAUGGCAAGACCCGGUGAAGUCUAGAGUUCGGUUGCCAUUUUCCGAUCCCGUCGGCCGCCGAGACCGUUCACGGAGUGCCUUCUGCGUACUCAGUUCUCGUUGAGAGCCAGAUUUCAAUACUAUUCUGAUAUCGUGUGCCCAGCUUGGAGAGACCUUUCAAGAGCUCUUCUCAGGCUUGAUAAGGAUAUGAAUCUGAUGCUGCAAAUAUCAGCAUGCUCCCAUUUUGUCCCUGACACAGCACUCUGUAAUGAUGGUACUCAUACCACCAGCCGAAGAAGGCAAUGUAACAGUAGUGGUCCGAGUGCGGCCACAGACACCACGACAGCAAGAAGGAAACCGCCAAAGCACGGUGCAGGUGCUUAGUGACAGCAUGCUAGUGUUUGACCCUGAAGAAUCAAACCAGCUGGGCUUCCAACUUCAUGAGUCUGUCUCCCGGAAGAAGGGCAAGAAUAUGAUGUUUGUUUUUGACCAGGUGUUUGGGGAAAGCGCUACCCAAGCAGAAGUCUUUGAGUAUACAACUAAAGAGAUCCUGGAUGGUGUGCUGAAUGGCUGCAAUUGUUCCGUAUUUGCAUAUGGUGCAACAGGAGCUGGUAAAACAUACACCAUGCUGGGAUCAGAGAAGGAACCUGGCAUCAUGUACCUCACCAUGAAGGAGCUGUAUAAGAAAAUAGAGGUUAGGAAGGAAGAGAAGCUGUGCGAGGUGUUCAUCUCUUAUCAAGAGGUAUACAAUGAGCAGAUUCAUGAUCUUUUGGAACCAAAGGGUCCACUAGCCAUCCGGGAAGAUCCAGAGAAAGGGGUCUUGGUGCAAGGUCUUUCAGUUCAUCAGCCAAAAUCUGCUGUGCAGGUCCUAGAGAUGCUGAGGCAAGGAAAUCUGAACCGUACACAGCAUCCCACAGACAUUAAUGCCACCUCUUCACGAUCUCAUGCAAUCUUCCAGAUCUGUGUGAAGCAGCAAGAUCGUGUGGUGGGCACACGUCAGGAUCAGCUAGUGGCAAAGAUGAGCCUGGUUGAUUUGGCUGGCUCUGAACGUGCCUCUGCUGCCAACACUAAAGGAGAGCGACUCCGUGAGGGUGCCAACAUCAACCGAUCCCUACUGGCUCUCAUCAACGUUAUUAAUGGCCUGGCAGAUGCCAAGAGUAAAAAACCCCACAUUCCAUACCGGGACAGCAAGCUAACACACCUCCUAAAGGAUUCUAUUGGUGGAAACUGUCGGACCAUCAUGAUUGCAGCUAUUAGUCCCUCCACGCUUUCCUACGAGGACACAUACAACACCCUCAAGUAUGCCAACCGGGCUAAAGAAAUCAAACUUUUAAUAAAACCUAAUGUGGUGAGCCUGAAUCACUCUAGCAGCCAAUAUGCAGCUAUUUGUGAGCAACUAACAGCAGAGGUGGCAGAAUUAAGAGGGAGACUCCAAGCUUAUGAAGAAAAAAUCUCAGAACUUAAGCCCUCCCCUGCUCCGGCUCCUUGUAGUCCUGAGCAGAUGGAGCUCUUCAGGUCAAAAGAGACUGCUUUAGAUUAUGCAGAGUUCCAAAAGGAUGAUUGUACAGCCAUGGCACCCUUGCAACUUUUAAAAUGGAAUUGUUCAAGAAAAAGCUGCACCAAGGAGUACUCAGGAAGAAAAUCUGAAUGCUGUUGCCCAAAGUUUUCAAAUCUAAUGAAGCAUCAGGAAAAACUGAAAACUGAGUUGCAGGGCAUGGACAAGCAACAGCUGGAAAGGCUUGUACUAGCUACUCUGCUUGUAGCCAAAAGGCAGUACAGUUGUUUGAAAGCCACCAACCUCCUCACUCCUGAAAUGAGAGUACAGUUUGACGAGCUGGCUUCCUUACUUCAUCAAGAGUCCCAUGGAGCCCUGAACAUUUCUGCUUUGGAUGGGCAAGAUGAAGAACUGGAUGUGCAACAGCUUAUGGAUCAUGGUGAUUCUUUGGCUGUCCUUCCAGCCUCUCUUCCUGCAACCAAGUGUGCCAGUCCUAAGGUCAAUCCUGGAAUUCAGCCUGCUGAACCAGAGGCUGAGCUAAUUCCAGAUGCUACUUUGGAGACCCCCCACUACUCAAUAAAGAAGAGGAGGAAAGCAUCACAGUCUGAAAGAAGCAUUCCAUCUAGUCAAAGGGGGCAAGCAAAGCGCCGGCGGAAGGCUUGCCUCUCAUCCCAGAAAGUGGGUUCUCUGAAGGAAUGGUCUGAUUUUGCCCAAGUGGAUUGUACCAGCACCCCUCUUGGAAUGAAAGCAACAUCUCCCAAACCAGUUGAUCAUCAUAUUCCAUUAUAUUGCCCAACAACAGUUACUAAGAGUCGUAUGCCCCUGGCUCCCUCAACCAUUCAGAAUUGCUCUCCUCCACGAAACUUGAACACAACUUUUGACCUUUCUGAGGAACCCUGUCCCCCAGCCUUGAAGCUCAGUACUCUGGAAUACCCUGCUUGGGAAAGUGUCCAGCAUGUCUCCAAACAUCAGGGGGUGCCUCUUAUACCCAGGGCCUCCAUGCCUUUGUUUACUAUGAAAGGCUCCUCCAUCCCAAGGGCAUCAUCCUUGGCCUCCAAAGCAUCAUUACAGAAGAGGAGGCACACUACAAAUUCUACCUCCCGCUUGCCAAGCAGCCGCAUUGCUAGGCUGCAGGGUCGUUCUGUAAAGUCCUCACAGGUUGUGAAUGGCCCAGGACAUCCCUCUGGCAUCCCUGCAUGGAAAUGGCGCUAGAGAUUUGUUCAUUCCCAGGAAUCAGCAUUCUACUGUAUCUCAUUACAUGAAGCUUUUUUAUACAUUCUACUUAAACAUUAAUAACAUUCUGACGCCCUAUCCCUUCAACUUCUUCUAUUCUUAUAUAGCUAUAUCUGUAUCUGUAUAUCUGAUCUAUCUUUUGAAUAGCACGUGUACAUUGAAUCAACAAAUGGAGGCUGAAUAGCCACAAGUUGUUAGGAAACAACAGCAAACCUAAAGUGUCAAGUUUGGUUCAAUAUUAUACAACAGCUUGUAUUGUGAUUAUAAUUUGGUACUCAGCAUGUGUCUAUUGGGUAAAAGAGCACUCAGGUUUCAAAACUAGCACAUUCUAGACCAAAGUUAAUGAUUCUGCAUUUAGUUGUCUUCUCUGGCUAGUCGUUUUUUUUUUUAAUUAUUAUUAACAAAAAAACCCUCUCAGUUUUACUCUUUGUCUUUCUUCUGCACCAGGGCCCAAGUAUGGAGGGACAGGGAGUUGGGGGUAAAAAAGAUACUCUUUAAUGGCACUUGGAGAGCCAGGAGUCCCAGUCCAGGUGACAACCCUAUUUUCAGGAGAGAAGACAGAUUAUGUUCAAUUAUGCUUUAAAAUAAAUAUGGAUAUUUCCUAUCUAUGAAGCCUCUAGUGUAAGAUUUGCUGGAGCCAAUUAGAGACAGAAGCAACACUGCAUCAUGAGUUAGCUGGCCAGCCCAAGCCCCCUUUUUAGACAAAUGUGUCAGUGCAGUUAUUUUAGGGUUAGAGUUGGGGUUAACUGUUGUUUGAGAGCCAUUCUUUGUUUCCUAAAAGUCCCUUGCAUGCAUGGAGAAAGGAGAAGAACACGGGUCACUUCCAGUGAGAACAUGGCGAAUGGAUGUCCCUGAACAGCAGGGACAACAUUACAGUUGAAUCAGCAGCUGAAUGCUGUAUCCGAACUGCUGAAAUCUCUCCAGAGAAAGGAGAGAUCAUGAGAUUGCCCAUACAUACUCUGGACAGCUGCUACUUAUGAGUAGACAGCAGGAACCGAUGUUUCUGCAGUCACUUGGGUGUCAUGCAGCUGGGAGUCAAGGGAUUUCAUCAGGCUCACAAGCG